AUGAGACAGAACCGAGCUCUAACACGAAAUAAAGGAAUUUACGAUAAAUUUGCUACCCGUCUUCAAAGUAUUCUGUUUGGCUGUCGAGUACAUGUAUUUGUGGCUUCGAAUGAACAUCAAUGCGCACGGCUUUCAUUCUUUGCGUUGACUCAAUGUAACGACAAAAUCAGAGCAUAUCACGAUAGCGUAAGUCAAUCAUGA